ACCCUGCGCCGUCGUUCUCAUUCACCGCAGGUUGCCUAGAUUUCGACUGCGACUAGUGGCCAGUCUUGGGCGGCAGUUCGCCAGCCCGUCGGGAGAUACUGUUGUGUAAGUCGGAGGUAGAUGGCUGUAAAAGUGGUGGCUUGGUCCGUAGGCUCCGCGUACAUAACAAUUUCUCCCCUUUUCUGUUCUUUCGCUUGGCUCGCUCGAGACAUGCACAUCAUCCGCAACCCGGUCACCGAGAACCAUCCAGCAUCCGAGACGGACCUGCAGGAUACAAAGGCGAACUUGGGUCAGGUUGGCACCCUCGAAACCAGCCUAGCGCGGCAGCUCAAUGCCGGAGAACUACGUUCGGAAAACACAUGGGGGGGGGGGGCCGAGCUCGAUAGGAGAUAGGCCAUGUGACAUUAUCAACCAGAAUCCCCCUCUCUCGCCUACUUGAAUGAACAUCUCUACCUAGGUGGCCAUUAUACCUUUGAGCUAUGCGAGCUGGACCA